AUGGCCUUCUCGGCGUGGAAAGUUAACAAGAGUUGGGCUUCACUAUUCUUUAUCGCCUCAAUGUUGUGGUGGAGCGCGGUGUAUGCUCACCUUGCUCCAAACUUUUAUGACGAGACGUGUCCGCAGGCAUUGCCUAUAGUCAAAUCCGCAAUAAAGGAAACGCUGGAUCAAGAACCCAGAAUGGGAGCUUCUCUUCUACGCCUUCAAUUUCACGACUGUUUUGUUAACGGUUGCGAUGGAUCUGUUCUCCUGGACGACACCCCGACUUUCACAGGAGAGAAAAGUUCUGGAGCCAAUGCCAAUUCACUCAGGGGAUUCGAGGUGAUAGAUAUUAUCAAGACCCAAAUUGAGAAUGUUUGCACUGGAGUUGUAUCCUGUGCUGAUAUUUUGGCAGUAGCCACUCGCGACUCGGUUGUCCAAUUGGGAGGUCCAAGCUGGACUGUAAUGCUUGGAAGGCGAGAUUCGACGACUGCUAGUCUGAAUGAUGCAAACAACAACCUUCCAGGGCCCUUUUCGAGCCUUACUUCUCUCAUCUCAGCAUUCCAAGCUCAAGGACUUUCUGCGGAGGAUAUGGUUGUUCUUUCAGGAGCUCAUACGAUUGGUCAAGCCAGUUGUCAAUUCUUUAGAAGUCGGAUCUACAAUGAAUCCAACAUAGACAACGAAUUUGCAGCUUCUUUGCAGGAAAAUUGUCCCUUCAACAGUGGUGCUGGUGACUUCAACCUCGCACCCCUGGACUCUUUGACUGCUAAUGGUUUUGACAACACUUAUUACAAAAAUUUGAGAUCUGGGAAAGGUCUUUUCCACUCCGAUCAGGAAUUAUUUAACGGAGGUUCUGCAGAUGCUCAGGUGACAACAUACAGCACCGAUCAGCAAGCAUUUUUCACCGAUUUUGUGGCGGCAAUGGUGAGGAUGGGAAACACCAAACCACUUACUGGAACGCAAGGAGAGAUUCGAACGAACUGCAGAAGAAUCAAUUGA